GCGGCUUCCGGGGGCGGGGCUCCGCGCUCGGGCCCCGCCCCUUCGCGCGCGUCGCCCUGGGUAACGCGCGGCGCUCGGCUCGCGGCGCGGGCCCGGGUGGAGGGAGGCGGGUCUCUCUCACACCGGGUCCGCCUGCGCUCUCGGACCAUGAGUUCCAGCUUGACUCCCAUUGCCGAGUUGCCCUCCGUCGCGAGAGACCCCGCGACACAGCCGGUUAGGGUCACAUGGGACCUGGCCCCGUCCGAGGACUGUGAGGCCGCCGCGCAGGCGACCCCCGGCCCCAGCACCCCCCGGGGCCCCGAGUUGCGACGCGACAGGUUCGGCAGCCGCGCGGAGCUGGUGCUCGGGGUCCACCCGCAGCUGUACUUCCUGCCGCCGCGGGCCCCGCAGCCUCUGGUGCUCGUCAGCGUCACAAAUUCCAGCGAGGCAGCCGUGAAACGUUUCUUACCCAAGAACCACUUGUCCCGAGUGAUCAUCCGUGACAACCUGAGUGCCCAGCGCAUCUGUGAGAUGGAGAUAAGAGCAUCAGAGAAGACCAAGAAAAAGAUGAGCCACCUGCAUGACCACCUGAAGAAGAAGUUCAUGCUGGAACAGCUCCGGAAGCUGGGGCGCUGGAGGCGGGAGUCCAUGAGCAUCCGGCAGUACCUGUACAGCCUGCCGCCCGUGUACAAGUUCCAGCCCCACAAGAGAAGCCAGCCGCCCUAGCCAGGGCAGAGCCACGUGCCCAGGGCCACCGUGAUAUGCCCGUCUGACAGGAGGAGGCUGGGAAGAAGCCAGCCCACGCCGGCGUGGAACAAUAAACUGAGACCAGCAGACAGCAGAGCACACAAAAAAGAAAAAAACCACAAAACUGAGCAGCGCUCCUGUGCCUUGCCCCAGCCGUCGCCCGUGUCCUGGAGAAGGUGAUGCUGAUAGGCCAGCCCGUGGCCGAGGAAAAAAUUCAGCCUUCAGUACCCAUA